ACACCGACAAGAUCUUCCAAUUUAGAAUCCAGCACUCAAACUCUUCACUCAUUUCUUAGAAAAGAAUUACAUUCGCGUCAAACACGCCGACUUAAACUCAGUUGUUAUAUGAACGUUGGUUCAAAUCUCAUUAACCAGCUCUCGAUAAAUAAACCUCAUUUCAAAUUAGACUCCUAAGCAUCAUGUCUUCGGCUCGAUAUUACCUUGACAAGGUGUACCUCACAUACUUCCUCAUCCAUCUCCCAGUUCUAUUCUGCGUCGAUCUCGUACCCCUCUAUCCAACCUCUCUAUGGGUGCCGCCCUCGUCACCGCUUCACUUCUUGUAUGAGCUGCGGGUCUACUACAUAGAGACGUACAACGAUCAAUUCUUCGCACCGCCUCCGGCGCCCAUUCCGAGCUUCUUCACGCUAUUCGCUUUUCUAGAACUUGUCUUUCACCUGCCGGUAUCGUUGUGGGCGGUACGCGCGCUCCUCGCUGGCGGUCGCGAUACCGGCAGCGCGGUGAAGCGCAGCGGUCUCAGCGGCCGUGCCGAAUUGUUGCUUCUCGUGUAUGGUAUCGAGACGGCGUUAACUACCGCCGCCUGUAUGUACGAGGCCUUUCUCUGGGACCCGGCUGUGGUGACCGCGGAACAGAAGGUGGUAUUGCUAGGUGGCCUGUACGGCGGGUAUUUUGCUCUUGCUGUCUUGUUGACCGUUGAUAUGUACGCACGGCUACUUAGUCGCUUAGAUGCUGUUGAUGCUAGAAAGAAGGACCAAUAGUUGAAUAGUCAGCAUCUGAUCCGCAGAAUUACCAAUGUACUUGAUG